GAGAAAGAAGAGAGAGAGGAUUGCCCCCCAAAAGGGUCGAGAGAGCGUGCCACUUUUUCGAGAACCAGAGGGAACUUUAGGCCGUAGAACGGAAAAACAUGAAAAAGUAGGGUUUUUUAGUCGAGUUUAAAAAUCCAUGGAAGACUCCUUCCAUCAUCUACUGCUCACCUUCAUUUGAGAGAGAGAAGAUCUUUAAACUUCAUUCUGUUUCUCUCUCUAGAAGUCCAUUUUGGUCGCAUUAGGCCGCCACCAUCGCUCUCGCUCCAUUUCUCUCUUCCGCUAACCCGAAAACCUAGGGAACUCUUUUCUGUCUAAGCUCGGAGCUUGAAAUUGCAGAGAAAUGGCGUCUCUAGCUCGUCUCAUGCGAAGGCCUGUUACGAGACUGCUAUUUGUGAGAAGAUAUGCACAGGCCCGGACUAUUGGUUCUCGCAUUUUGGCAGAUGGGCAUGGUACGAUUGGUAAUAGAACGGCGAGGGACGUUCACAUAUUGUUUCAGAAGGAAAGUCCAUUUCAUGCAUGGAGUCGGACAUUCUCAUCAGAUAGCGGUGACUUCGUUGAAGCGGUUGUCCCGUUUAUGGGUGAAUCAAUUAGUGAUGGCACACUGGCAACUUUCCUGAAGAAACCCGGUGACCGUGUGGAAGUUGAUGAGACGAUUGCUCAAAUUGAAACCGAUAAGGUCACCAUUGACGUUGCUAGUCCCGAAGCUGGAGUUAUUGAAAAGCUUGUAGCCAAGGAAGGUGAUACAGUAGUACCAGGGACCACGAUUGCUGUAAUUUCUAGAUCUGGUACUGCAUCCGUAGCACCAUCAGAUGAGAAGCCAGCCACCAAAGAGAAGCCAACCAAAGAGGCUCCUAAGCCGUUGGCCCCGGUAGAGAAGGAGCCAGCUGAGAAGAAGAAGCCUACCGAGGAAGCUGCCAAAGUAAAGCCUAAACCACCCACUCCUGCACCUUCUAGAUCCUCACCCUCAGAACCCCAGCUUCCUCCAAAGGAAAGAGAAAGACGAGUUCCUAUGACAAGGCUGAGGAAACGUGUUGCUACGCGUUUGAAGGAUUCACAAAAUACUUUUGCCAUGCUCACAACAUUCAAUGAAGUUGACAUGACAAAUUUGAUGCAACUUCGUGCUCAGUAUAAGGAUGCUUUUGUGGAGAAACAUGGUGUAAAGUUAGGACUCAUGUCAGGGUUUAUUAAGGCUGCUGUUAGUGGGCUCCAGAAUCAGCCUAUAAUCAACGCUGUCAUUGAUGGUGAUGAUAUCAUUUACCGAGAGUACAUUGAUAUCAGUAUUGCUGUUGGUACUCCCAAGGGUCUUGUUGUUCCAGUAAUUCGUGAAGCAGACAAAAUGAACUUUGCUGAAAUAGAAAAGGAGAUUAACACUCUUGCUAAGAAAGCAAAUGAUGGCUCAAUAUCCAUUGAUGAUAUGGCUGGAGGCUCAUUUACCAUUUCUAAUGGUGGUGUAUAUGGAAGUUUAUUGAGCACGCCCAUCAUCAACCCUCCACAAUCGGCAAUAUUGGGUAUGCACUCAAUCGUGACUCGUCCAAUGUAUGUGGGUGGUAACGUGGUUCCGAGGCCCAUGAUGUAUGUUGCACUCACAUAUGACCAUCGUCUCAUUGAUGGAAGAGAGGCUGUCUACUUUUUGAGGCGCAUCAAAGAUGUUGUGGAGGACCCUCGAAGGCUUCUUCUUGACAUUUGAAAGUCUCUUCAAAGGAAGCCUGGUGAGUCUCUUCAGUUUUAUGCUUCUAAAGCAUAAAUUAUCGUAUUUUCUACAAUCAAAUUUUUGUAUGUUUUUCUUCAUCUAUUCCUGCAAUAUUUCCCUGAUUGGCGGUAUACUACAGAAGAAAAAUAAUUUUGGUCAAUUUUCGUCUAUGUUCUGAUGCCUUCAUUUUGGGGGUAAAUAGUGUUACUUUCUAACUUUGGGAAACAUUUGUUUUGUUGUUUCCACAGCAGUUUUUUGAGUGUGUGCAUGAAUAUGUGAGUUUGAAUCUAAGUAAUAAAAGGCAUGCAGAGCCUUUACUUCAAAAUAUGUUUACACUCUCAGCCUCCUCUUCCCAUCAACUUUUGCUUAAUUGGUAUUGUAACAUGUGAGAUCUAGUCGUGCACUUCAAAGUUCGAAAACUUUUUUUUUGUUUUGAGCUUUGAGCUCUGUUAAUGACUAAUACAGCCAAGGAUGACUGUUUCCUCUGCCAAA